AUGCGUAUCAGUCUUGGGACACCGCCGGCACUGACGUAUGUCGUCCUGUUUGGCGAUGGCACCUUCGAUUUUCGCGGCAUUGACACAGAUAUUUAUGCUGAACCGCCUGAACUGACUGGGUACAUUCCAACCCAUUAUAUUCGAACCGAUUCCUUCGGACGGACCGCGGUAGAUCAUUGGUACGCGACCGUCUCCGGACACGAUGAAUUCACCGAUUUCUAUAUUGGUAGGCUCAGUAUUGAGACCGUAAACCAAGCUGAGGCGGUUGUUGACAAGAUCAUCGCUUACGAACAGGCACCGCCCAACGGAGAUUGGCGAAGAAGGAUUAUUUCUGUUGCUGACGACGAAGUUAGCAACUCUGGAGAUUUUAUCUUCAAGAAAAGCCUCGAUGAAAUAGCGAAAGAUCACACCCGUCUUGGCUAUGAAACUGUUGAGGUGUUCCUUGAAGAUAUUGUCGACCAAGUAGAAGCACAUCCCGCGGAUUAUCCCGGACUCUUGCCACAACGUGUUGCAAAAGAUAAAAUCAUUGAGGCACUUGGAGAGGGUGCUGUACUCGCACAAUAUGCAGGACACGGGGGUAGAAUCGUUUGGGCGCACGAAGCAAUCUUUGAUAAUGCCUCUGUUGAUCAAGUUGAGGAAACCGCAAAGAUUCCUUUCAUGUUAGUUCUGAGUUGUUACAACGGCUAUUUCGACAAGCCCGGUGAACCGAGCAUAGCAGAGAAGUUGUUACGUAAAGAGAGAGGCGGUAUCAUCGGCAUGUUGAGCGCGACCCGCCUCACCUAUGGCAGCGGAAACGACGCACUCAACCGUAUCAUUUUCGACCUGCUCUUUAAACGGAACGUCCGACAACUCGGUCCCUUGAGUUUCGAUUCAAAGGUUGAACUUUUAAUGACAGAAGGUACGGGGCAGAUUGAUGUUGUGAUGGAAUAUACCCUUUUCGGAGAUCCCGCCUUACAAAUUGCCAUCGCUAAUGGUGAAAUUCAACCUACUAUCGAGACAAAGACUGUUGCCCCUGGGGACACCCUCCGAAUUGCAUCGGGGCAUGUGCAGACCGCUACUUACGACGCAGCAAGCCGAACAAAACGUUUUGUUACCGAUUCCACUUUUAACGGCACACUCAUCAUCAAAGCUCUGUUUCCUGGGAAAACAGCCACUGCUCAAGGUGUUGCGGGUCCAGUAAAAUACUACACUGGAGACGUGAUUCUGACGAAAACGGUAGAUGUUAACCGCGGUGUCUAUCCAGCGGUGACUUUCUCCGUCCCGAAAGACAUUGCGAGUGGUGAUGCCCAUGUCGAGUACUAUGCCCAAAGCAACACAACUGUUGCCGUUGGUGGCGACGGAUUUACCGUCAAUAUCCCUAAAAUCCUUGAUAUUAAGCCCGAAUUAGUCGGUGAGGGGAAGUUCCGUGUCUCUGUUCAGAUUUCCGAUGAAAAAGAACAAUUGUUCCUUGUCCUCUUAGACUGGCGCAACCCAGAGAGUCGAGAAUCGGAGAAAGUGCGUCUUGUUCCCGCAGAUCCUCCGUUAUCGGAAGACGGAUGGUGGACGGUACCUGAGCCGUUAAACGCGCCUACAGACGGUUCCGCUAUCAGAUAUGAACUUCAGCCGAACGACUGGGUACAACGCACUCCGUUGGCGAACCCGGGUGCAAGGAAGGAUGUUUAUGAACCGGAUCCCCUGAAUACGCUGCCGAUUGCAACUGCUACUUUAAAUUUGCCUUCUGGAUAUAAUGGAGGCCAACUGCCUCUCGGCACACACGACAUAUUUGUCUAUAUCGAUGUGACAAAGACUGAAGCAGAUCAGCCGGGUAAUGUUCUUGAAAAUGAUGAGGAAGAUAAUAUCGCUUAUCAACGACUCUUUGUUGAUAUGGGGGUGGCGGAAACGGUUUCUUCAAGUCAGAUUUCCAGUUUGGACCGGAACUGUGUUAUCACUGUUCCCCCUGGUGCCUUUGGAAAACAGCAAGAAGCAACAGUACUGACAGUCCGUGCCUUAGAUGAACGGAUGUUUGCGGCUGUAGGGACGAGUUCCUCCGAUACGACGACGAAGUCUUCGCCUAAAGGAAUGUCCAAGCGCGUACCGCUUCCUGGGGUUUCCGCCCACGGCUAUGAAAUCGUUGUCGGCGAUCAGUUAUCAGAUGUCAGCGACAAGAACCUCUUAACUGAAAACCGAGAACCGAGAACUGAUAACUACAUUCAAUUAACCUCUCCGGUAGCGAUCGACUUAAGUUUCGACAUCGGUGCGCUCAGAACCCAACUCACGCGAGAAUUGUUGGGCGGUAUAGAAUCCGAAGAGACACCUUUAGAAGAGGGACCCAAUGAAUUGGCGGUUUCAGCGACAAUUGACACUGCUGUCGCAUCUCGCGCACGUGAGUUCGGUAUCUAUAUAUUUAGUUCGACCCUCGGAAAUUGGACGAGGCUCCCUUCCCAACAACUCACCGACACUACGGGCGCGUUACGGCAACGCAUACAUGUAACAAAUGUGAGUGAAGAAAACAUUGGCGAAAGUGUACUCCGCGAUGUCCGUAUCCAAUCCGAAGGCGCGCGGACCGGCAAAUAUGUCCUCUUCUUUACGGGUCCUCAAACCUAUCGGCUUUUCCUUGCUUCCCCUUCGGCAGAUGAUACGCUGGCACUUGAGCCGUUGGAAGUUAUUGCCUCAGCGGAGCAGCUUGCGAACUUUAGUACAGACUUGCCGAACUUUAGGAACGGAUUCUCGAUGAAUGUAGAACUCGAUUUUGAAAAACCUUUGGCAUUCGGAGAUGUAUUGACAUUCAACAUAACUUCCCUCACACAGCCUGUGGACGUUGAAACCGAUCUCGACACUCCCCAACAGGAUCAGCGUUGGUAUGCCUCUGGAUUCAGGGACACCAACAAAGGCACUGGAACCGUCAGUUACGUUGAACUUCCGCCGGACACCGCUAUGCCCGAAGAUAAGUGGAUUAUCUUCUUCCUUACAGACACUGAAUUUCAGGUUGAAGGAGAGAGAACCGGUAUCUUGCGUUCUCAAACUCGAACCCCCAACUCGACUCUGAUCCAAGACAACAACGCACGAGUUGGGGAUUCGGGAAACCAACCACUGCGUGGAACAGUCGAAGAACCUUUCUCAUAUAAGCCCUACGGCUUGCGUUUUCAACUCACACAAGGCGAACGUUCGUUUGCUCCCGGAGAUAGGUUCCGGUUUCAAACCCGACCCGUCGGCACCAUUCGGGCUACAACAGAUCGACUUGGACCGAUUACGCUGUUGUAUACUGACGAUACUGUGCCACCAGAUAUACAACUCACUAUUGGCAAUCAACAGCACUUUGUUCCGGGAGAUGCAACAGAUGCGGAACCACUUAUCGGGGCAACAUUAACUGAUCCGAGUGGGCUUGAUUACCUUACCCGACCGCUGUUAUUGGAAAUUGGGGACGCGUUUGGCGAAUAUAAAAGCAUUGAUCCAGAGGCGUAUCAGGUGACACAUCAUCCCGGCUCAAAUCAACUCGUGUUGACAUAUCCGUCUCCAGAACUUGAACCGCGAGAAUAUGAGGUUCGCCUAACUGCGAGCGAUGUCCAUGGAAAUACUGAUACAAAAGACAUCACAUUUCGAGUCCAUGACACCUUGCAACUGCUAUCGUUUCUCAACUAUCCGAAUCCUUUUCCGCGUAAAACAACGCUCACCUGCGAAUUAACUGCGCCUGCUGAUUCACUCGUUGUGAAAAUCUAUACGCUGAGCGGACGGCUCAUCCGGGAACUCUCCAUUCCAGCAACUCCUGGAUUUCUUAUGAUGGAAUGGGAUGGCAGGGAUGCCGAUGGAAUUGAGGUUGCAAAUGGCGUUUACUAUGCCAAACUCCGAGUCCAACGCGAGGGUGAAAAAGAUAUAACCGAAAUACUCAAAAUGAUGAAACUGCGUUAA